AUGACUAAAAAUAACCCUCUUAAAAUUAAUUCUAUCGCCGUGAUUGGCGGAGGACCAUCAGGAAUAACUAGUCUUUAUGACUUGACUAGAGCCUUGAAGAAUGGACACUCUUUAUAUGGAGUUAAAGAUAUUCACGAUUAUGAGACAUCUAAAAGGACUGCUUUUGAUGAAGUAGUCCUAUUUGAAAGAAAUAGUGAUGUUGGCGGAGUUUGGUGUCGUUCAGAAAGGGGAAUGAAAAAUGAGGAUCCUGAACUACCAGACUUCUCAAUUAGUCCAAAUUACGAGGAUCCGGAACAGAUUUUCGUUAAAGCACCAAUCAGCAAAAAAUUAGAUACUCAAUUGAAUAAUUCUAGCUUUAAAGAUCCAGUUUUUGUUACUAAAAAGGAAAAACAGCCUGAGGAUAAAUAUCAAUGGAGGUCGUCCGCUGCUUAUGAACAUCUUUUCACCAACGUUCCCAAUAAAUAUAUGUCAUUCUCUUAUAAGAGUGCAAAACAACUAUCAAAAAAUUAUAAGCAAGCAUCAGUGUUUGAAUCGGCAGACGAGGUUGGAGACUAUUUGAAUCAGAUUGUGGAGGAGAAUAACUUGAAAAAAAACAUUAGAUUCAAUUCUAAUGUGGAAAGAAUCCUUAAAUUGGAAAACGGACAAUGGGAGGUCACUGUGAGAGUCACCGAGAGCCAAAUUGGCACUAGCAACCUUGCGGAUAGGUGGUACAAACAGACUUUCGAUGCUGUAGUUAUUGCUAACGGUAAGACGAUUCCAAUAAUUCCUCGUUUCAAGAACCUCGAGGAAUUUACCAGGAAGACUAGAGGAAAGACUUAUGUGACUUCAGCAAAGGCAAUUAAGGAUCCUAAGAUCUUGAAAGAUGCCAAAAAGAUUUUAUUUAUUGGCUCUUCGGUUUCUGCAAUUGACCUUAUUCAAUAUGCGUUUCCCAGAAGUAUUGAAAAGCCAUCAGUGUUCAUUUCAAGAAGAAGUGAAGCUAAGCUAGGUCACGACUGGGUCGAAUUUUGCUCUCAUUCAAAAGGGAUUGUGAACAAACCAGAAGUUGAAGAAUUUUUACCUGAAAAUCAAGGGGUUCGUUUUAAAGACGGUACACAAGAAAGCGAAUUCGAUGUGGUUAUAUUUGCUACCGGUUAUCAUAUAUAUUAUCCAUUUCUAGAGAAAGAAUAUGUUUUGAAGCAUCAAAAAUUGCUCAAGUUCUUUCUAUACACUUUUUCCAUCGAGGAUCCGUCUUUAGCAUUAAUUGGAAACACUUAUGCUGUCUUCUUCUUUAACAGAGUCGAGUGUCAGGCAGCUGCGCUUGCGGGUGUUUGGUCUGGUAGUAAGGAGCUUCCAUCUAAAGAAGAACAAGUCGAAUGGUAUAAGUCUGAUUUUGGCCAGAAACUGUUGACAUACCAUGUGAAAGAACGGUUUAUGGAUCCAUUGAUCAGCUACGCCUUACAAGAUAGACCACAUCCAUUUAAUACCAAGGACACGGAGGAACACGUUGCUGAGAUCAGCCAGGGAAGGAGAAUAUUGGAGGGAUUAUUUCAAGAUAUAAGGACCGGAAAAGUUGAUCCACUAACAAUUGUUAAUUAG